AUGGCGUAUCACCCCGCCUCGAAUGAUAUGAUCGAGCAGUGGCAUAGAAGCUUAAAGACUGCAAUAAUGUGUCAUGCUAAUAAAAGUUGGUCACGAAUACUUUCGACCGUACUAUUAGGUCUGCGUACUCAUGUCUGCCUUGACACCGGUGCAUCGCCUGCAGAAUUCGUUUACGAAACGACGCUGCGCGUCCCCGGAAAAUUUGUACUGCCGGACGACUUCAUUCCUAAUCCUAAAAUGUUCAUCGAAGAAUUCCACGAGCAUAUGCGCAAAAUUAAGUCAAUCUCGGUAGAGCAUAAGAAACGCGCAUUUGUAUUCAAAGAUUUAUACUCAUGUUCCCAUGUGUUUCUAUGGGUGGGCGGUACCAAGAAAGCGUUAGAGCGUCCUUACACCGGCCCUCACAAAAUCGUAAAUCGUGUGUCGGAUCGAGUAUUCGACAUUGAUGUUAACGGUACACAGCGCAGUGUAUCGGUCGAAAAUUUAAAACCAGCAUAUGGCAUACGCGAUGACUUAUGUAGUGCAACCCUAGAAGCAGGACAAAUAACCAAUUCGUUCAGCAACGAGCAACCAGCUUUAAAAAAACAUAUGCGCGUCCGAAGAAAAAAGUCACCUUCGCCUUAUAAUUAUAAUAAAUACUCCCAAUGA